AUGUUUGGUACAAGGCUGUUCAGUACCAGCUCGAGACAUUUCAAGGUAUUAAACACACUCAAAGAAGUAUCGAAACCACCCCAAUCAUCAUCAAUUGAAAUGACUAGACCAAUAGGACUUCAGAAACCGAUACUAUUGAAUCAUAAAUUAUCAGAUACUUACUCAAUAUCAAAUAUUGGAAGAGAAUUAUUUGGAGAUCAAGCAAAAGAAAGAAGACAAAAGAACCUAGAUUAUGAUUUAAAGCAUUCCCCAAUAUACGAAGCCAAAUCAUUUGAAAAUACAAAAGGUAAAAUAUUCAAACCUCCAAUCUCAUGGUUUAGACAAGACAAGUCCUUGUAUUUUCCAGAUUUUAUUGCCAAAACUUUAACAGGAAAACAAGAAAGUUUGUAUGACGUGCUAAGCAACAAAUAUAAUAUUGUUAGAUUAUUUUCAUCAAUUACUGGAGAUCAAUGUACAAAAUCAUACUUUAAGUAUCAAAAUAAAGACUAUUACUCAAAAAAUUAUCAAGAUUUUAGAACUCAAUUUCCAAAUUUUCAGAUAAUAGACAUCAAUAUGCCGACAAGCUGGAUAAAGGGAUUUGUAUUGAACCUAUCUUUAUCGAAUUUGAGAAAAACAAUAUCCCCAGAUAGAUACAAUAAAUACUUUAUACUACCUAUCCAUAUUUUAACUCCAGAUAUACGAGAGAAAUUACAUUGCGAUAAUCAGUGUUCAGGAUAUAUUUAUAUUCUAGAUCCACGAGGGAAAAUUAGAUGGGCCACUAGUGGAUACGCUACUCCAGAAGAUUUAGAUUUGAUGUGGAAAGUUGUCAGAGGUUUGGAAAAAGAAGCUCUCAAAAAGGAAACAUCAAGUGAAUAG